AUGGAACGGAUUUCUGUCACAACAGUGCUCGCAUUAUUUUUUAUCUCUCACUGUAUGGUCAGUCCUUACAUGGUCUUCAAAGGGGAUAAUGAAAUAAAAUCCGCCGAUAAGAAAUACGAGAAAUAUGUGGCUCCCCAUCGAUCAAAAGUCCGUCUCGGAAAUCAGAUGCUAAAGCAAAUUGUAUUCGCAUUCUCUCGUAUAGCAGAGAAAUUUGUUAUAAGGACAAGACCUGGAACUUGUUUCUUUGACGAAAACUAUAAUCUCUUACGAAUCCAGCACAAUUCGAUCGGUACGGCAGAAGGCCUAGUCUACGUUCCAUUCGCUCAAAAUCAUGGCAACCGCAGUUUUUGGAAAUAUGAGGAUCCUUUGCGGAACAUUACCUGUAUACAUACGCGGCAAACGGACUUCAUACGACUUAAUCGGACAACAGAUUUAGAAGAGACGGUGAUGGCCGCCUACAACAUUUCCGAGCAACACAGAUCUCAACAGUAUCUUAUCUUCGGAGACGACAGAACGUUCAUGGCGAAGUUGGCUACGAGGUUGAAACAGAUGUUCCGCUUAGCAUCAGGAUUCGGCAUAGCAAAGCGAUUUGAAAGAACACUUUAUUAUUACGAUGUUGACGAACUGAUGCUGGAGAGACUGAAGCAGAUUGUAUUCGCAUUCCCUCGUACAGCAGAGAAAUUUGUUGUGAGUGCGAUUCGUGCCAAUGGUAUUCCAGAACAAUCCGUUGGCCUAUCCGAGAGCAUGAAUGGGAGAACAACUGUUGCUGCUUGA